AUGGCAUUUCAUUUCCUUGUUGUGUUUGCUUUACUCCAAGUGAGCCAUGGUGGUGCUGUUAUGCCUGAGGAAGCUUAUUGGAAAUCAUUGUUCCCAAACAAUCCAAUGCCAAAGGCCUUAAAAGAUAUUUUACCUAAGAGUUUCAAUGCUCCAACCUACUUGAGGGGAGGUUAUGGAAGUGGAUAUGGCCACUCGUCUAAGGAAUUUCAUGCUCCAAACUACGUGUGGGGAAGUUAUGGAGAUGGACAUGACGACCCUUCUAAAGAAUUCAAAAGGGAAACGAUCUCUUUGGAGGGCAACGUUGCUUUAUUAAAUGAAACUACUUUCUUCUUCCAAGAGGAUCUACGAACCGGUAAGCUGGUGAAUCUACCAAGGCUCGCAACAACAAGUGACAAAACUCCGUUUUUCCCUAAUCAAAUCGCCGAGACUAUGCCAUUCUCAAGUGACAAAUUACCCGAAAUUGUGAACAACUUGUCCUUAAAACCUCAAACGAGAGAAGCCGGCGUCGUGAAUGAAACAAUCAGAGGUUGUGAAAGAGCAGCCAUUGAUGGAGAACAAAAGUUUUGCGCCACAUCAUUCGAGUCCUUCAUAGAUUCAAGUGUUUCAAAGCUCGGGAAACAGAUACAGCUCUUAUCGAGUGUGCUUUCGAAAGAGACGAAGAACCCAUUGUUUACGAUCGUCAAGGGAAUGGAAAAUAUGGGAGAAAAUGAACUUAUCUGUCACAAAAUGGAGUAUCCAGGUGCAGUAUUCAUGUGUCAUUCGAUCAACAAAACGGUUGUAUAUAAAGUUCCAUUGGUGAGUGGAGAUGGUACACAAGCUAAUGCGUUGGUGGUGUGCCAUAAGGAUACAUGGAAUUGGAACCCAAAGCAUUUAGCAUUUCGAGUUCUCAAAGUUAAGCCUGGGACCGGACCCAUUUGUCAUUUCCUUGGCAGAGAUACCCUCGUUUGGGUUUCAAGCUCAACAACUAAAUGA